AGCUGUUGAGGUCAUGAUUCUACUCCAUUUUGCUCUUGUUAUUCAAACGUGUCAGCACUACAGUGGCCAGUACAGGAAGAAAGUCAUACUCAUCUGGGAUGUCAUGAGGGGGUUACCUCCCCUCAGUCAAUGGACCAGACUGUGUGAGCUGGACAUUCCCUCUGCGGUGGAGAAACACUUACAAAACCCAGAAGAACAUACACGUCAGGUGCCAUCUGCAAUCCUGAACCUAAGUUAGGAGAACCUGUCAAAGUCCACAAUGAUGACAAGAUAUGCCGACAGAAGCUACAACAGCUGAAGAAGACUUUUUUAUCCACUGGAACACAAAAUGAGAGGUUUCAAAGAAUAUUCACACCGCUUUUUCCCCCAUAAAAUGAAAGAUGACCAGAUGCUGUUAAGCUCCAAAAUAGACUUUAUUCACAAUAGCACCAUCCUUGAUUUUUGACCAGAAUGACAAAGAGGCUGUGAGAAAUAGACACACAUUCUCUUCAAUUGGUUCUUCUCUUCAAUUUUCAAUAAAAGAUACAUGUACACUCUCUUUAAUGGGUUCUUCUCUUCAGUUUUCAAACUUUUCAAUACAUAUUUUCAAUAACAUUCAGUAGACUAAAAACUCCAGAAAACACGAGUUUUGCAAAAUCAGAUGUGAUCUAGGAGCUUUUUACAGCUUUAUACUGUGUGUGACAUUGAAGAGAUGUACCUCACAGCAUUGUUGUCAUUCCCAUUAAAAAUGGCAAAUAUGGCCCUACCGUGAAUAAGGUGGAAAAUUGAAAAUAUGCUUUUGUUUUGUGGUGCCAACGUUCUUCAAAAAAUGUCCUUUUGUGUUUAAAAUAAGGGGUGGAAAAGCCAUACAAAUUUCGAACAAGAUGAUGGUGAGUAAAUGAUGACAGAAUUUUCCUGUUUGGGCCCCAUUUGGGCUCCUGCCUUUUUGUUUGAAAAUAAACAGUCACCAGCUGAACACAAUCAUCCCCUGUGUGUCAAGGAAUAUAAACUUUCUUAUUAAGGUAAGAUACUGUAUAUAGCCUGCAUUUACACCAGUUAAAACACCUGCUUUCGUAUAAUGGGAGAUUUUUAAACAAAAGAUUUUUGGAAGAAUAUUUCAACUCUGUUGGUCCAUACAAUGUAAAUCAACAGGGUCGAAGGGACCCAUAAAGGCAGCUUGAAAGUAAUCCAUAAGACUUAAGUGAAUAAAUCCUUAUCUUAGAGAGAGAGAGAGACAGAGAGAAUUAAUUUCAGUAUUAUUAUUGGUUUCUGUCCUUUCAUUUUUAUAUUGAAUUUUUAUGUAUAGAAUAUGUUGCUUUUGUAGGUGUAAUUUUGGCAGUGUGUUGGCAUGUCAGUGGAACUCCAACCCUGGUUACGGCCCUGACCACACCCACCUGUGCUGACAAGUUUGAAUAUCAAAAGUCGGUUGACUCCAUUUGCAGUAGAAUCAUGACCUCAACGGCUCUACAGAUACAACGUCAAACAAAGUGAUUCGAAUCCAAAAACUUAUUUCAAGAGGAGAUAUUCCAUGUGUGAAACAAAUAUUGCAAAAGUGGAAUUUUCCAUAAAAUCUAAAUGGAUCCAGUUUUAUCACCUUAAUCAUCCUUCAUAUGCUGAUAAACUCAUCAAGCUUUGCUGCCUUCACCAUCAUUUGAAUUCCUCCAUUCUUGAGUUUGGUCUUUCAGAGAAUCAUGAGUCCAUGGAGCCGCCAAUCUAUCAUCAUAUUAAUGAACGUUUAUUACAUCUAAUGUGCUGAAGAGAACACAACAGUGCUUAUAAAGUCUGAGGAUGAAACAACUCUUAUUCUCGAGUGAAUAAACCUCUGUUUCACUUUAUUUGAACAUGUUCAAUUUCAGGAUCAUUUUAUUCAUAUCUGCUAUUGUCACUCUGGACAUUGAACUGUGUUUCAGUGCAUGUGCACCUGCUGAAUAUGACAUAAAUGGAAAUUGCUGCUCCAUGUGUGCACCCGGAAACCAUGUCAAUUUGCAUUGCACUGAAGAUACCAGUACAACUUGUGUUCCUUGCCCUGAAUCAACUUACAUCGAUGAACCCAAUUACCUUAUGAAAUGCUUUAACUGUACUGUGUGCAUUGCAGAUGUUGGACUAAGAGUGCAGAAGGCCUGCACACGCACUGCAGAUACUGUUUGUGAGCCACAUGAGGGUUUCUACUGCAUUAACCAAAAUAAAGACAGCUGUACUUUUGCUAUGAAACACUCUAAAUGUAAUCCUGGACAAUAUAUCAAACAAACAGGAACAGCAUUAAAGGAUACUGUAUGUGCUGACUGCACAGAUGGGACUUACUCAAAUGGCUCUUUAACAUUCUGUCAACCACAUUCAAAAUGUGAGACAGAGGGAAGUGAAGAAAUAAAACCAGGAACAAAGUCAUCUGAUGCUGAAUGUGGCAAAUCAACUCCAGUUGGUCUCAUCGUUGGAGUCAUUUUUGCUUUUCUUGUGAUUGUUCUCAUUGUGGUUGCUGUAGGAUUCUUAACAAUUCUGAUAUUAAAACAAAGAGGACAACUCUCUAACAGAACAACAAACUCCAACUCAUCUCUGCCAACUCUGUUAUAGUGAACCAACUCAGAUUCUACAGAAGACAGUUUGAUGUGACAGCUGCUUGACAAUGAAAUCACAAAAUGCACUUAUCUCACUUAUCUACCUCAGACUGCCAUGUGUUAAUUGCAACAGUUAUGUUGAACCUGUUUUAAAUAACUAUAGUUACUUAUUUUAAAUAAACUCUCUCCUCAUUAUCCCUUAAAGAAUGUGCAUGUUACACCUCGAUUUGACUCUCUUCAUUGGCUGCUUUUUGCUGGUUGCAUAUAGCACAGCCACUGGCUCUGCACCUCAACACACUUUUGCAACUUUUUGCUCCUUCUAGAAGCGUGCAGUCGGUGAGUGAGAAGCACCUGGUGGGACAAAAACAAUCACUUUUUACUUUCACUGUUCCCUGCUGGUGGAAUUAUCUUACCAAGUCCACACGAAAAGCCAAUUCCCCUGCAACUUUCAAGAAACAUGUAUAAAUGCAUCUCUCCCAUAAGCGCUUGACUCAACCUUUUAAUGCUCUUAAAAAAACCUCUUAAACUAUUUUUAAUUCUUUAAUAUUUUACACAUCUUUAACUUUCAUCUCUGUUGUAGCCAGAU